AUAAUGAUAUAAGAACAGUCGCUCCAAGUGUUGAGUGUGUAGCUAGUACAUUCAUAUAGACUAUAAGCCAAUGGCUGUUGCUGCUUUCCUGCUGAUUGUAAUUUCAUUAAGUUACGUGUCUAGCUUAAAUGAAAAUACUACUGACUACUGUAAUCAACUGAACUGCCCUCCAUGGAUGCAAGCAAUGGGCUCAGAGUGUGUGUGCAGGACUGACCUCCCUUACUUCUUUUCCUGUGACACUAACAUAGCCUACAUUGAUAUCUCUAACUGUAUGAGCAUCGAUAAUGAUACCGUGUCUGUUGGUGAAUGUCCAUACAAUUACCCGAAUGUGUCUGACUAUAAUGUGGAGUUACCGUCAAGUUUGUCCGAUCAUGAACUAGAUACUGUGUUUUGUGAUCCCCUCAACAGAGAAGGCAUUCUGUGUCAUCAUUGUAAGGAAGGAUUUGGUGUGGCUCCAUUAUCAUUGGAAUACGUCUGUGCCGAGUGCUCUGAUAACACUGCUGGGUGGUGGGUGCUGUUCUUCUUGCUUCAAUUUGGACCUAUCACCAUCUUCUACUUGAUCAACUUGGUGUGGCAGGUCUCCUUUGCUAAAGCUCCUUUCAGGGGUUUCGUGUUCUUUAGUCAAAUUUUCUUUUGGAUAAUGUCUACACAAAGUGUUAUAAUAGCUAGGAAUAACCUGAAUGUAGUUGGUAAAGUUUGUUUCUAUACAGUUCAGUUUCUUAACGGCAUCUGGAGUCUUAACUUUGUGUCUGUAUUGCCACCUUUCUGUGUUAGUACGUCUUUCAAAAACAUCGAUUUGGUGUACCUCCAAUACUUUGUGGCAGUUUACCCCUUGUUUCUCAUUGCUUUGACACUCGUACUCUAUAUGCUUCAUGAGCGAAACUUUAAGCCUGUGGUAAUUCUCUGGAAGCCGUUUCGUAGAUGUUUCAUCUCCACAAAGCAAACGUGUGACUGCAAGAGCUCAAUUGUGAAUGUUAUCGCCAAUUUCUGUUUAUUCUCAUUGUCUAACAUUAUUUCUAUUAUUUCUACGAGUUUUGAUGUCUCCGAAGUAUUCAAUCUUUGUGUAGCUGAUGGCGAAGUGGAAAGGUCGUUAUGGGUAGAUCCGUCCUCUCCUUACCCUGAUCCUGGUCUGCUCUUUCUGUCUCUUGUUUUCUCCAUUAUUACCAUCACUGUUAUCGCACUGGUUAGUUCCUAUCCACUAAAGUGCAUGAAGCUUUGCUUGAAGCGUUGUUGUCGAUCUCAAAUCUUUCUAUACUCGAAAGCAUUUUUCGAUGACUUCACCUCUAGUUAUAAAGACGGUACUAGUAAAGGCUCUUGUUUUAAUUGGCAGUAUCUUACGAUUUUGUACCCCGUUCUUCUGAUUUUAUCACGAGUGAUGUUUUUAGCUGUUUCGAGAACCGAUAGAUUUUUGUUGCCUUCAAUGUACUCACUUCUUCUAUUCUCUCUCGCCAUGUUUGUUUCUCUGGGUCGCCCCUACAAGAAGGCUAUUGACAAUGUGAUCGAAUCUCUGCUCAUCUUUUUAUUGGCUUUAGUAUUUGGAUUUUUUAGUCUAUACGUGUAUUUUGAGCAUAUCUUCCUUGCGUAUGCGUCCCUUUUUCUAGCAACUGUACCCCAGGGAUGUUUCGUAGUGUUCAUUGCUUACAGUGUGUACACAAGGUACAAGAGAUAUUGUGUCUGUUGUUGUAAAAAAAAGAAAGAAAUGGUGGAAGAUAUUGAACUGCCGGACAGAUUUGUUAAUGCUGAGAACUACCCACAACACAAUGCCCCAAAACCGCAAUGAUUAUUGGUGCUAUUUGAACUUUGAUUUGCAUGUGGUCUAUACCAAGUUUUGUAUUUUUUGUUUGUUUGUAUGUGUUGUGUGUGCAGUAGAAUACAAGGUUUUUCUAAUGAGCGCA